UUUUAUCUUGUAAUUUGAAAUAAUAUUUGAUAAUAAAUUAAAUAUUCACUUACCGCGUGAGGAGAAUACAAUUUUACAUCCAGUAUUUGUAACAUUGUACAAUAUUAUGGCUUUACUAGGAGCUCAACUAGUUAUUACGUUAAUAAUGGUCUCGCUGAUACAAAAAUUAGGAAGCUAUUCAUUUGCUCGAUGGCUAUUAUGUUCUCAAGGGUUGUAUCGCUAUUUAUAUCCUGAUAACAAUGAACUUAAAGCACUCGCAGGAGUGCCUAGAGACAAACCGAAGGGUAAGAAAGGUGGUAAAAAUGAAGCAAAUGGUAAACCGGAAACAUUUCAUGUGCCAAGAAGUCUGGAUAUCCAGUUAGAAACUGCACCAGUGACUGCAUUGGACGUUGUACAUUUGAGAUUUUAUACUGAGUACAUUUGGAUUGUGGACUUUUCUCUAUACACUGCCAUAGUUUACAUUAUGUCUGAGGUAUAUACUUCUGUAUUUCCGCUCAAAGAUGAAUUCAAUUUAAGUAUGGUGUGGUGCUUCUUAGUGGUGUUAUUUUCAUUCAAAAUCUUGCUUUCAUUAACAAAGCAAUAUUUUACAAGUGAAGAAUCUAUUGGCGAGAGAUCAACAUGCAUUGUGGCAUUUUGUGUGUUCCUCCUCAUCGCCAUGAUGGUUCUGAUUGUGGAUGAGAAUAAACUUGAAGUGGGUGUUGAUCCUGCAUAUGAUAGCUUCCAUGAAAAUGCAUCAAAGUUUCUAGAAAAUCAAGGACUUUCUUCUGUAGGCCCAGCUUCCAAGUUGAUAUUGAAGUUUUCCUUUGCAGUUUGGGCUGCUAUCAUUGGUACAUUAUUCACAUUUCCUGGUCUGAGAAUAGCACGAAUGCAUUUUGAUUCAUUAAGAUAUUAUAAUGAAAAUAAAGUAAAACAGUUGUUGCUGAAUUUGAAUUUUGCUUUACCCUUUGUACUUGUGUUGUUGUGGAUUAAACCAGUGACGAGACACUACAUUACAGUGAGGAUCUUCAGUGGAAUAGAAAAACCUUUAAUGACCUCCGAUGCAUUUGACACACUCCGACUUGUACUUGUGGUGGUAACAGUGGUGUUAAGGAUUGUGUUGAUGCCGCGGCAGCUGCAGGCAUACCUCGACAUGGCACAGAGGAAACUCGACCAACAGAAGAAGGAGGCUGGCAGAAUCACCAAUAUUGACUUGCAAAAGAAGAUAGCAUCAGUCUUCUAUUACCUAUGUGUGGUGGCCCUUCAGUACAUCUGCCCCAUAGUGAUGUGCCUCUACCUAACACUCAUGUACAAGACUCUGGGCGGCUACUCGUGGACAUCACUAUUCUAUGAAGGACAGACAGAAUUCCCUAAGGAGGUUGUAACACUUGAGGGUAUGGAACAAUUCCAAAUGGCGUGGGAGAAUCUAAAAAUGAUCUUCACCUGGGAAGUGUACCGCGGAGUGUUCGGCUUUGCGACCUGGUGGAGCAUUUUUUCAAUAUUCAUCACCACAUCCCUUGGUAGCAUGUACCAAACUUAUUUCAGGGUAUCAUGAUUACUUCACUUGACACACUUUUAUACCAAAUACAAUUAUUUUGUACUGUACAAAUUGUGAACAGGCAAUAAUGUUGGAGUAAUUUUAAACAGUAAUUACUAAUUUGAGAUCAUGUAAUGUAAAGGUAAAAAUAUGGUGUAUUGAGUUAAAAUUUGCAUGUGUUAUUUUUUUUUCUAAAUUGCCUUUGUGUUAUAAUAUGGGUCAGUGU